AUGAAUUCCAUUUUUAAAAGAGGAGAUUAAUAAAGUAUUUUAGAAAUUUGAGUUUUAGGUAAAUCUAAAGCUAAGAUCUCUAAUAAUAAUGGAUUACCUCCACUUCUUUCUCCAAGAGCCAAAAUUGAUAUUUUAAUUACAACUAAAAUUCCCUUAACCUUUCGAUCCCCUUCUACAUUGAAAAAGUUGUCAAUUGAGAAGUAGGAAGAUAAUCGACCAGUUACAGAUAAUACUUAGAAACAGAAAAGUUAUUCCUCAACCAAAAAAUCUAAAACAUAAGGAAUGAUAAUUCGUAAACUCUAAAAUCACUAAGUAAAAUUUGUAAAAAGCAGUACAGAAUCUUUAGAAAUGAUAGAACAUAAAUUUUAAAGUCCUGCAAUUAGAAUGAUUGAGUUCCCAAUAAAUGGUAUCUCUGUAUAUUAGCAUAGACUUUUAGGAUGAUACAAUUAUAAAGGAAGAGAGUAGAUUAUAAAUUGAAUCCUUUAUGGAAAAUAGAUUUACUGCAAUGAAAAAUCAAUCAUCCUCUAGUUCUUAGAAAUAAGCUAUAGAAUCUAGUAGUUCAAAUAAAAUUGUUAAUGAUUCAUCUACAUAUUCAUAAUUCAAUUUUUCUACAUAAAAUCCAAGUUUUACUGAAGGAGAAAUGAUUGGAGCUGGAUCCUUUGGAUAAGUUUAUAUAGCAUAGGAAAAUAAAACAGGCAAAAUAUAUGCUGUUAAGAAAAUUAACUUAAAAGGAGACUUUGAAUAGGAAGAUUUAUAGGGGUUGAAAAGUGAAAUUGAUCUAUUGAAGAAAAUAAAGCAUAAGAAUAUCAUAAGAUAUGCAUGGAACCAAGAAAACGAUGAAUAUUAAUUACUAUAUUUAGAAUAUAUGUCUUAAGGUUGAUAAUAUAUAUAAUAAAAAUAGGUACAUUAACCUAAUUGAUUGAAAAAUUCGGUUCUCUUAAUUUAAAUACUAUUCGUUCAUAUUCUGAAUAAUUGUUAUCGGCCAUCUCAUAUCUUCAUGAUAAUAAUAUAAUUCAUAGAGAUAUAAAAGGAGGCAAUGUAUUAUUAGGAGUGAAUGGUGAGAUCAAAUUGGGAGAUUUUGGAUGUAGUAAAAUCAAAGAGAAAACCAUAUCAAGAUCUAAAUAAGGUGGAGAUAUUUUACAUUCAUUAAAGGGAAGCAUUCCUUAUAUGGCUCCAGAAGUAUAAAUAAAUUAAAAUUAAAAAGGUAGCCAGUUAAGAAGAAAAUUGUAGAGCAAGUGAUAUCUGGUCUUUUGGAUGUACUGUUUUAGAAAUGGCAACAGGAAAAAAGCCUUGGAAUGAACAUAAUUUUGAUAAUCCAUUGAGUGCUUUGCUUUUAAUUAUUUCUGAUAAUUCUCUUCCAAACAUUCCUUAAGAUUUAGAUCAAGAAUUAAAUUAAUUUAUUAGAUUGUGUUUAUAAAGGGAUCAUAAAUUAAGGCCUACUGCUUUAGAUUUGCUUUAACAUAAAUUCAUAAUUAAUAAGUGA